AUGUUCUUACAAACCUACAUCGUCAACAUCAUAACAUUUUUCGGCUUCCAGCCGAGCUUCCCUUUGUUCCGUGGACCAUAUGAACCAGAAUCACCCCAAUUCCCAAUUGGACCAGGCGCUCUAUCGUUUGUGCCUCCGGGCGCUGCUGAGAAUGAGACUGCCCAUGGCCCCUUCAAGUGCCAUUAUCCGGCUAUGGCCGCCGAGUACACCUACGAUCCCUCGCCUAACAAUCGAGGUGUGUGGCUGAAACAUCGGACCGAUGCUUCUAAGGACUUUACCAUCCACACGGACUAUGAAGUUAGAGCUCCCAUUGGGAUUGAGCGCAAAUACUUUCUCACUGUGGGCGAAGAUACGAAGCGUCCUGUGAAUUGGGAUGGUAUCAACUUUCCAUAUGCCAAGCUGUUUGACAAGAGUUUUCCGGGGCCUUGGAUACAGGCAUGUUGGGGCGAUAUAGUGAACAUCACUGUUAAGAACAAUCUCUCGAAGAACGGGACUGCGAUUCAUAUGCAUGGCAUUCGACAAUUCGGAUCUACCCUCAUGGAUGGCGUUCCUGGAAUCACUCAAUGCCCCAUUGCGCCCGGGGACACCUUCAGCUACGUGUUCAACACGACCCAGUACGGGUCCACCUGGUAUCACAGCCAUUACAGUCUGCAGUACUCAGACGGCCUGCUGGGUCCGAUGACGAUUCAUGGUCCCACGUCCGCCAACUUUGACAGCGCCCUGGAUCCGAUCCUCAUCUCUGACCACAAUCACCGCAGUGCAUUUAUGGACUACUACCAGGAGCAAUUCGCGAAUCCUGCCGCUGAUCCGCCGCGUGUGCCUCCGAAACAGACUAGUAUUCUGAUCAAUGGGCAGGGGAGUUAUGCCGGAUCUUUCCCCAAGAACCGAUAUCACAAGAAGGUGAAGCCCGGAAAACGAUACAUCCUGCGGCUAAUCAACGCAUCCACGGAUAGCACCUUCAUUUUCAGUAUCGAUGGCCACAAUCUGACGGUCAUCGGGAACGACUUGGUUCCAGUUGAACCGUAUACAACGAACCACAUCUAUAUUGGGAUCGGCCAGCGCUACCACGUUGUCCUCGAAACCCUAAGCAAGAAGCACAUCUCCAGAUCCAAAGAGGGCUACUGGAUCCGUACCGAGCCCGCGGAGGGAUGCCACAACUUCGAGACCUUCCCGGACGACAGACAGGGCAUCCUGUGGUACGGGGGUGACGACGACGAUAGACCCCCGGUACCGACCACGACGGCCUGGUCGUACAAUUCCACCUGCAGCGACAUGCUCGAUCUGGUUCCCGUCGUCCCGUGGACCAUCGAACCACCGGCUACCAGCCUCACCGCAGUCAAGUACCACAGCAACCAUGCCCUCCUGGAGGCGUCGGUCACGAUCGACACCUGGUUCCUGCCCGCGGAGGGCAACGACGCGGCUGCGACAGUCAACGUAUGGCAGUUCCUGAACGACACUGUCUUUGUGAACUACACCGAGCCCACCGUCAACCACCUCGACCCACCCUACGAUCCCAAUGCCGUUAUCUACCUGGCCGAGGAGCCGCCAUUGGGCUCUCCCCCGCAAACAUCCACCUGGAACUAUAUGAUCUUGAUCGGGGGCAACCUGGACAAUCCCAGCCCGGUCUCGGGAGGUCGUCUGGUACCUGUUGCUCAUCCGAUCCACCUCCACGGCCACGACUUCGCCAUUCUCCAAUAUUCCGAGUUCCCCUACGACGGCCCAGAGUCCCUCGAUCUCUCCCUGGACAACCCCCGCCGGCGCGACGCCGUCCUCCUCCCCAGCAACGGGUUCAUCGUCAUUGCCUUCAAGACCGACAACCCGGGCGUCUGGACGCUGCACUGCCACAUCGCGUGGCACGCAUCUGGGGGACUCGCGCUGCAGGACCUGGAGCUGAAGGAGAUGGUGGCCGCGCAGAUCGCGCAGGUCCCGACGACCUUCGCGAAGCGGCAGCUGGAUCGGACGUGCGCGAAUUGGGAGCGGUGGUAUGCGGAUUCGCGCAAUCAUUGGAAUCCGAAUGGGCGGUUUCAGGAUGACUCGGGGAUUUGA